AAAAGCAAAUAGCGCAUGGUGUUAAUUACAUUGAAUCAGUGCUAAAGAAUAGAAAAAAGCUAAAAUUUAACACAUUGAAAUUGGAAAAUAUUUUGUGUCAGCGUUUAGUAGUUGUAUAAAAAACGAAUGCGAGAGAAAAUCGAAACUUUGCUUUGCUUUUCAUUGGUGAUUCGGGAAAAGAAAUUUACUUUGCGUUACGGCCUGCGCUGCGCCCCCACUUCUACCUCACCGCUCACCUCCUGUAGCGUUUUGCGGGCGUCGCACAACCAACCGUACGGGCGCUUCACAAAGCUAGUACAUCUGUUAACCUUCUACCAGCGGCUGUCAAGAAGCGCCCACAACAACAAAUAAUAAAUAAAAGGCAUUCGGCGCUUACAACAGAGCGCUGCUGUCUGCGCUCACUCGCGCUCUGCACAUUUUUGAGUGAUUUCGCUUUGAGCGCCAGCUGCGUGUUUUUUAUUUACAAUUUUUUUUUAUUGGAAAUACUAUAUCUAGGAGAAUCUCACUCGCUUGCUAGUUUAAUGAUGCGCGGCAUAAAUAAAUAAAUUCAUUGUGUGCAGUUUCAGCAAAAGUCUGUUCGAAACAUCUACUCCCUCUCCAUGGAACUGAAGAACCACAGCGACGCAUGGAUCAAUUACUGUUAGUGCGGCUCCCAAUCUUUCCCGACACCUCGAAUUCCAAUUAAAAAAACGUACAUAUCAUCUAUAUACAUACAUACAUAUGUACGAGUCCUACAAAUAUUUUCUAGCUGACAUCAAACUCUAAAUCACAGCAUCAACAACAGACUUUUUUCUUCUAACAAAAAAAUUAUUUACAAAAAUUCCAACCAAAUGUCCUUGUUGCGACAAUUUUUCGGCCCGGCAUCAAAUUCAUGGAUACGUGCCCUCGUCAUCUUCGUACUCACCUGGGCGCUGCUCGUUUACGUCUUCGUCAAUAAACUCAAUACGCAGCCGAAUGCGGACACAGAUACGAUAACAGCGAAACGCAUCAAUCAGGCGUUACAGCUGCUCGAAUACUCAAAGCAACGCAAUGAAGAGCUGCGUCAGAUGAUCGAGAAGCUUUCGAGCGACCAGAUCGAUAAACAAUCAGCACAGCGCCUCAUCGAAAAGCUCGAAUUUAAUUUACAAAAUUCCAUAAACGUACAAAAUCAGGAUGCAUUGGCAGAUUUCAUGGGCGUCGGUGAUGGAGAUAGCGGUGCGGACACUUUCGGCGGUAUGCCGGUACCCAAUGCUGUUGCUCAGAGUGCUGCAGGCGGCGUCCAUGAGCCCAGCUUAGAAUAUGAGCUGCUGCGUCGACGAAUCGAAUCGAAUGUCGGCGAAAUUUGGAACUACUUCAGCAGUGAAUUGGGCAAGUUGCGCAAACGCGCCACACCAACGCAGGCCGAACUAACGCAGGACAUCAAUCAGGUGUUGCAGAUGGGCGCUGAACAUAAGCGCUCGUUGCUGAAUGACAUAGACCGCCUGCGACAAGUGGAUGGUUAUGAGACAUGGCGCCGCCAGGAGGCGCGUGAUUUGAGUGAUUUAAUGCAGCGGCGUCUACACUACUUGCAGAAUCCGAAAGACUGUGCGAAUGCGCGUAAGCUGGUAUGCAAACUCAACAAGGGUUGUGGGUAUGGCUGUCAGCUGCAUCAUGUUGUUUACUGUUUCAUUGUUGCCUAUGCGACGGAGCGUACUAUGAUAUUGAAGUCGCGCGGCUGGCGUUACCACAAAGGUGGAUGGGAAGAGGUUUUUCUCCCGGUAUCGGAGACCUGCUUGGACGCAGAUGCUGCGCAUGCGAGUAAUUGGCCAGGACGUCAUGACAUGUCUGUGCUGGUACUACCCAUCAUUGACUCGCUGAUGCCGCGUCCACCGUUUCUGCCGUUAGCCAUACCUGAGGACUUGGCACCGCGACUCAGGCGUUUGCAUGGCGAUCCGAUUGUCUGGUGGAUAGGACAGUUCUUGAAGUACUUGUUGCGGCCGCAAAAAGGCACAUUGGAAUUCCUAGAAUCGGGUCGUGCGAAAUUGGGCUUCAAGAAGCCUAUUGUAGGCGUUCAUGUGCGCCGCACCGACAAAGUCGGCACCGAAGCCGCCUUCCAUCGCAUAGAGGAGUAUAUGACACACGUCGAGGACUACUUCCUCACUUUAGAAAUUAAUGGUACCAUAGUGCCGCGCCGCAUUUUUCUUGCUUCUGAUGACGCGCGUGUCAUCGAGGAGGCGCGCAAUAAAUAUCCGCAAUACGAGAUCAUCGGCGAUCCCGAGGUGGCGCGUAUGGCCGCCGUUUCCACGCGCUACACCGACACCGCGCUCAACGGCAUCAUACUCGACAUACAUCUGCUAUCGCUCUCCGAUUAUCUCGUCUGCACAUUCAGCUCCCAAGUAUGCCGCAUGGCUUACGAAAUCAUGCAGACACUAUAUCCGGAUGCGGCGCACCGUUUCAAAUCGCUGGACGAUAUCUACUACUAUGGCGGGCAGAAUUCGCACAAUCGGCAAGUUGUGAUCGGUCAUGCAGCGCGCAAUCAAUUUGAGAUCCAUAUGAAGCCAGGCGAUCUGGUAGGCGUGGCUGGCAACCACUGGGACGGCUAUUCCAAGGGGCAGAAUACGCGCACAAAACAAGCGGGACUCUUUCCCUCGUUCAAGGUGGUCGACAAGGUGGAAACCGUCAAGUUGCCGCUCUACGAGCAGGUACAGCAGGGGCGGCUGUGAGCGUAAGUGGAACGAGGAAAUGCCUAUAAAUCAAAUUUAUGUUUUUCUUGCGGUCAGUGUAUGUAAUUUAUUUUUUAUUACAUUUUUUUAUGUAAGCAUAAAUGUUUUAGUGCUGUGCAAUAAUAUUCUGCUAGAUGCUAGAUUUUAGUCAAUACCUUUACACAUAAUAUAAAAAGUAAUGCAAGUAUAUAUAUUUUUAUAUAAAAUUUCCGAUAUGUGACCAAAGCUAAACUGACUUUGGCUUUUAAUUUUGCAUUCAAAUCUCUAUAAUUGUAUAAUUGAUAGACAAGCUGCACAAAAUCGUUAGUCUAAUAUUUUUAAAGUAAUUUUUUGAUUGGAAAUCAUGUUUAUUUAUUUUGAAAAUAUUUAUAUGUUAGUAAUAAGGUAGUUGUAAGUAUGUUAAAGUAAGCAGAAACCAAAUCAAUUGAAUUUUUAUAAAAAAACGUGUCUAUCAUAAAAGCCACAAUAAUAAAAAAUAGAAAAAAUUAGAUUACGUCCUUAAGUAGGGUAAAAAAUAGAACCGGCAAGACUAAAACACUCGAAUAUCCGAUUAAUCGAUUAACCAAUACCGUUAUAAUGACAAAUUGCCCGGUUUCACGCACUUCAAAGCUGAAUUGCACGAAAACGUUCAAAUAAAUUGCAAGAGCUUUAUCAAAGCAAUAUUCCAGUGUUGAGCUUAGCAUU